CACUUCUGCUAUGUCUAACCUUCCUCAGCUUCAACACAACCUUAAGCUUUGCACAUUCUGCUCUUUCUAGGGUUUCGUUUCUCUGCAUUCCUCCCCACACCAUUCAAAAUGCGCAUUCUCUUUGCUUUUACUCUACUCAAGCCCUAAACAUUUCUUAUUUUAUCCCAAUCCGAGUGGGUCCGGGGGAUUUCAGCCAAUGUCGGGUCCCCCGCGGGUGAAAUCUAUGAACCACGCCGAUCCGGAGCUCCGGCCCGUGCUCGGCCCGGCCGGUAACAAGGCGAGAUCGGUGGAAUUGCGGAAGCCCGUCGAGAAGCUGAAGGCGGCGGCUAACAAGGCGGAGAAGCCAGCAGAGGGCGUUGACAGGAAAUUCCAAGCAAUGCCGGUGGAUACUGGGGCGGAAUCACGGUCGCCGGAGAAGAAAUGUGGGAGUGUAGGUUCAAUUCUGAGGCAGCAGCAGCAGGAGCACAGGUCGUUUCUGAUGAGGUCGAAUUUGUGGAUGAAUGCUUCUUGCUCCUCCGAUGCGUCGUCUGAUUCCUUUCAGAGCCGGGCUUCCGCGGGGAGAGUUAGCAGACGGAGCGUGACCCCGUCAUCAGCUCGGAGGAAGCAAUGUAGCUACAAAGUGGAGAAGAUUGAUAAAGUUGCUAGUGAAGCUGAGAGCUUGUCUGUGACUUCUGAAGAUGCCUCUGUAGUGAAGAAAAGAUGUUCUUGGGUGACAUCCAAUACUGAUCCAUUAUAUUCUACUUUUCAUGAUGAGGAAUGGGGCGUGCCAGUCCAUGACGAUAGGAAGCUUUUUGAACUACUAAGUUUAUGCACUGCGUUAGCUGAACUUACAUGGCCAGCCAUUCUCAGCAGAAGGCAAACAUUCAGGGAGGUGUUUCAAAAUUUUGAUCCUGUUGCUGUCUCAAAACUAAAUGAAAAGAAGAUAAUGGCACAGGGAAGUCCUGCCAGCUCUCUUUUGUCGGAGUUAAAGCUGCGGGCAGUUAUUGAUAAUGCACGCCAAAUAUGUAAAAUAAUUGAUGAGCUAGGGUCCUUCAACAAAUAUAUAUGGGAUUUUGUGAACAAGAAGCCUAUAGUCAAUAAUUUCCGCUAUCCACGACAAGUUCCCAUCAAGACAUCUAAAGCCGAAAUGAUAAGCAAAGACCUAGUGAGGAGAGGCUUCCGUGGCGUUGGACCCACUGUUGUCUACUCGUUCAUGCAAGUUGCUGGAAUUACAAACGACCAUCUCGUCAGUUGCUUCAGAUUCCAUGACUGUAUAGCUGCAGCUGCCGAUGCAAGUAACACCACAGGUAACAGCCUCAGGGUCGAGGCCCAUGUAAAACAACUCGAGGAUGAAACCGAAUUGGGACUAGUUAGGGCUAUUGAUGACUUGAGCUUAUCGUCAUAGCUCCACGUUGUUUACUAGAUGCAUUGUAAUUCACACUUACAGAAGGGCGAGAAAGGUUUCUCGCCCCCCUCCUGUAUUGAAGGGCAGCAAGUAUGUGUACAAAUAACUAUGAAACUAUUCUGUUCAUUGCUUUUGUAGAUUAUGAAGCAGAAUUUGGGUGGGUGCUGCAUCCAAACCAAAAUCCAGGUACCCUUCUGGGAACUCCUCCAAAUCUUUGUUCACUUUAUCUCUUUGUAGGGCUUCUUUUUGUACAGUCUAUAAGUGUAAACUAACAUUCUCUUUAUAGCU